UGAUGGGGUACAUAUGAUUAUACCAUUCCAAUGUAAGGAGUCGAAGGAAGAAAACAUUACUCACAGAAACUCAGGAAGCUCUCCAAUGUAGAGUGUCCUUAAAAAUGAGACUAUACUUCAUCUAAUGGGUUGGCUGAGCAAAUUUUUUAAAGGCUCCAACCAUAAGGUCUCACAAGGGCAAUGUGAUUGGAAUUACGAAGGGUACAGAGAGGAGAAUCAUCCAUCUACUUCAUUGGACUCAUGGUCAGAUGUUGAAGACGUGGGCAGUGGUAUUGCGUUAUCCCUGCCCGAGGAGGACCAGAGAGGGAAAAACGUAAUCGAUGGUGAAUCGCAAUUAAACGAAGACGAGCAACUUGCCAGAGCUCUUCAGGAGAGCUUGAAAGUUGAAUCCCCGCCUUGGCAGGGAAACCAAAACGGUGGCUGGCAGGGAUACGGAUAUGGCAAUUGGAACUUCUAUCAACCUUUACCUUUACCUUUCCCCUAUGCAACAAAUUAUAGUUUGAUAUGUGCUGGUUGUAACACUGAGAUUGGUCAUGGACGAUUCUUGAAUUGCAUGGGUACAUUUUGGCAUCCAGAGUGUUUCAGAUGCCACGCCUGCAACCAACCGAUAUCUGAUUACGAGUUUUCUAUGUCCGGAAACUAUCCCUAUCAUAGAACUUGCUAUAAGGUGCAUUAUCACCCGCAAUGCGAUGUCUGCAAGCACUUUAUUCCUACGAAUGCAACAGGCCUAAUUGAAUACCGCGCACACCCUUUUUGGUCUCAGAAGUACUGCCCGUUUCACGAGCAUGAUGGAACCUCGCGGUGUUGUAGUUGUGAACGAAUGGAGCCCCGGGACACAAAAUUUUUUGCCCUUGACGAUGGUCGCAAGCUUUGUAUGGAGUGCUUGGACUCGGCCAUUAUGGAUUCCAACGAGUGCCAGCCCCUUUAUCUCGAUAUACAAGAAUUCUAUGAAGGGCUGAACAUGAAAGUGGAACAGAAAGUCCCGCUGCUCUUGGUUGAGAGGCAAGCUUUGAACGAAGCCAUGGAUGGAGAGAGAUAUGGGCAUCAUCACAUGCCCGAGACCAGAGGGCUGUGUCUUUCCGAGGAACAAACAGUCAGCACUAUUUUUCGGAUGCCAAGUAUGGGAACUGGGAAUCCUGUCGUAGACAUGAGAACCGAACCAUAUAGAUUGACUCGUCGCUGUGAAGUGACCGCCAUUCUCAUUUUGUACGGUCUUCCUAGGCUGCUGACAGGUUCAAUCCUAGCGCACGAGAUGAUGCACGCUUGGCUUCGACUCAGAGGUUAUCGAACCCUCAGCCAAGACGUCGAGGAAGGGAUAUGUCAGGUGCUGGCGCAUAUGUGGUUAGAAUCUCAGAUUACCUCGCUGUCGUGCAGCAAUGUCCCGUCAACCUCGUACUCGUCAAAGCAUGGCGUCGGGUCUCCUUACGAGAGGAAGCUCGGGGACUUCUUCAAGCACCAGAUCGAAUCCGACACAUCGCCCGUGUAUGGAAACGGUUACCGAGCCGGGAAGAUGGCCGUGCUCAAGUACGGUCUGCCGGAGACGCUUGAACAUAUUGGAAUGACAGGGACCUUUCCUUAUUGAAUUAAGCAUAUUCAUCUUUUGGUUAGAGGAUAGUGAUGAUCUCCAUUCUUUUCAUUUCCUUAGAUUGAAACUUGGCCUAUUGGUAUUAGCAUAUGGGCCCCAUCUUGUAUCCCGACCCCGAUCUCUUUUGUUCGGUAGUCAUAUUGAAUUCUAAUUAAUUUAAAGUCGAGUUACUAUUCGAGUCCAUAUGAGGAGAGUUCUUCUGCACCAGUUGCCCUAUCCAUGCGGGCCAUUCUGUAUGAAUUUGUCCUUAAAGUUAAGAUCAAAGACCAGGAAAAUGAAAAAAGUUAUCAGAA